AUGUGUCUUGAGGCUGAUAUAAAUCGCUUAAAUGGUAGAAUUUAUAAUAGUUAUGUUGAAAGGAAGAAUCUAGAAAAAGAGUCAAAUCAAAUAGCAUAUAUGAUUGAAAUAGCAAUGAAAAAAUCUAACGAAAUGUCUCAAAAGCUCGCUGCAAUUCAACAAGAAAAUUUUAUGGCAAUGCAGCAGCUACAAGAUCUAUUAUCUAAGACAACUCAAUAUCCAAAACCUAAUAUAGAAACAAAAUUCCGUCUAAAUGAAGCCCAACAAAAGUAUAACGUAUUAAUACAAAAACAAAGAGAAGUCGAUCAAACUUUUCGAAAUACCGGACCAAUAGAUUCUUUAUCUACUGAGAGUGUUGAAGAAGUUACUCUUUUCGAUACUCAAAAUCUGAGAAUCUCAGAACAGAUUACGAAACUAAAUGAUAAAGUAGAUAACGCGCUUACUUCGAUAUCAGAGAAUGAUUCUAAACUCGUUAUAUCUGAAACAGAAUUUCCUGAAUUUAUGGAUACUGUAAAAGAAGAUAUCAAAAUAUUUGAAGGCGCCAUAUCGUGGGAUACAGUGAAGCAUGAACUAUCACGAAUUAUGGAAGGGUUCGAUUUAAAUCAAUAUGCAAUUACUGAUUAUAUCGGUCCUCUUCCUAAAACUAGCAAAGAACUCAGAGAAACACUUUAUAAUAUUGAAGUUUCUAAGGAUAAUAUUCUGACUCUUCUUCAAAAACAGGCUGUUGCUGAUCAACAAAUGGAAGAUGCAAAAAAAGAAUUGGAAUUAGCUCAAAGUCAGCUUGCCAAUGAAGAAUUACGCUCUGAAAAAGCAAUAUUUCAGGAAUCAGAAAUCAACAUUGAUAUAGAACACUGUGAUACACAAAUAAAUUCCAAAAGAAAAGAAAUCGAGAGAAUUCAAUCAGUAAUACAAUCAACAAGCAAAAGUAAUGGCCAGCAAUCACGUCUCAAAAACGAUCUUCAACAUAAUUUAAAUGAUUUAAUGAUGAAAGAAAAACCUGAAAUUAUUCAAUUAAAUAAUGAAGUUGAACAAUGGAGAGUUUCACUCAAAAACAUCACAGAUCGAUUGGAUGCAACUGAAGAGGACCUCCAAAUAAGAGAAGAAAAACUGAAAACACUUACAGAUGACAAAACAAUUAGAGAAAUGAUCAGAAUGAAAGAAAAAAAGGAGAAACUUGAGAAGAAAAUAUCGUUAUUAAAACAUGCCAUAAAGAAAGAAGAUAAGCCGACAGAAGAUUUCGCUCAGAUUUGUGAACAAAAUGAAUUGAAAAAGAGAACAUUAACCGAGCAAAUAGAAAAGCUAGAGCGACAGCACAAAGAUGAGCAAAUUGCCAUCAAAGACUUGUCUUCAUAUUCUGAUUCUUUAACUGCAUUUUUGCGAGAAAACAAGAAAAAUAAGAUAUAA